CGGCCUGCAGAGCAUCAUGCCCAAGUUUUACUGUGACUACUGCGACACGUACCUCACCCAUGACUCUCCAUCUGUGAGAAAGACUCACUGCAGUGACAGGAAACACAAAGAGAAUGUGAAGGACUACUAUCAAAAAUGGAUGGAGGAGCAGGCCCAGAGCCUGAUCGACAAGACAACUGCUGCAUUUCAACAAGGCAAGAUUCCUCCGACUCCAUUUUCUGCUCCUCCUCCGGUAGGGGCAAUGAUCCCACCUCCGCCCAGUCUCCCUGGUCCUCCUCGCCCUGGGAUGAUGCCAGCACCCCAUAUGGGGGGCCCUUCCAUGAUGCCAAUGAUGGGCCCCCCUCCUCCUGGGAUGAUGCCAGUGGGACCUGCUCCUGGAAUGAGGCCGCCAAUGGGAGGCCAUAUGCCCAUGAUGCCUGGGCCUCCAAUGAUGAGACCCCCUGCCCGUCCCAUGAUGGUGCCCACCCGGCCUGGAAUGACUCGACCAGACAGAUAAGGAGAGUGGGAGCCAAUCUCUCUCUCUCUUUUUCUCUCUCUCCACUUCCUGUCACUUGUUCUUCUUCACCAGGAGAUCGUGGUGCUGUGACUCUGGGUAUUCUCCAGCGGCAUUAGAGGGAGACUUGCCCCCGCUUCCCAUCAGAGAGAGGAUAGUUUUGGAGGGGGUAGUAAAUGGAACAAAAAAACAAUUUUCAUUUGUAUUGUGAAACAUGGAAAUAAAGUUGUCGACUCUUA